CAAUGGCCUGUGUUCUUGGGCUGCCCUUCGCCCCAUGAUGUAGUGCGCGGGCCGGGUUGUCCCGGUAACGGGCGGGAAGGCCGUUGUUCGCUGCCACCAUGGAGGAGUAUGAGAUUCAGAAAACAGAGUCGAGAGGCUGCUAUGGGCUCGUGCACAUUGUGAAGCGUAUGAAAGAUGAGAAGACAUUUGCCAUGAAAGUGGUUGAAUGUAUGGACGAGGCAACUGCCAACCAUGCUGUGGAAGAAGCAAUGAUCCUGUUAAAACUGGAUCAUCCCAAUAUCUGCCAUUAUGAGGAGAUAUUUGUUGCUUGGGAUCAUGAGGUGUCAGCUAUCGCAGUUUGUAUGGUCAUGGACUAUUCUCCUGUGGGAGAUCUGGCUUCAGUCAUCCAGAUCAAGAGACAGAUGAAGGAAAAAAUCAGGGAGAUGGUGAUCAAGAAUUUUCUGGGACAGAUGGUGGACGGUCUUAUCUACUUGCAGUCCAAACAUAUUGUUCACAGGUUAGUAGUUGUUGGCAUGUUUCACAUUCAUUAA